GUUGGUAGUGGGUCCAGCAGGUGGGGUGACUCUCCGCAGCACAACUUGGAGCUCUCUCAAGUUUGCAGUAGUGUGUGCUGGCUGCCGGAGGCUCAGUCCGGCGGUGCUGGGAUAAGGUGGCUGCCUCUCCCAGGCUGCAGAGGAGCCUUAGCCAUUUCCCCAGUCGCUGCCCUCGAGGAGGGAGGCAGGACUGACUGUCUCUCAUCCCGGCAACCUCACUGGGAAACAGCAACUGACCUUCAGAGUCAACAUCCCUUUUUGAUUUUCUUUAAAUAAACAAACCCUAACAACCCUCAGCCUUAUGCAUACAUUGCCUUUGCAUGAAAAUUCUGUUUUAAAAGUAUUUGUGUCGUGGCUUGUGUACUAUCAUGCUUUAAAGAGUAUUGCAAUAAGUAUGAAUAACUCCAGAACCGAUUGUUUUAUCGUGAAUUAUUUUUUAGAAUUCUCUUGACAUGCUGGAAAAUUGGUGAUUGUGUAGUUUUUUUCAGUGUCUGUGUUAAUGAUUUACCUUUUUUAGUUAGCAAAAGUCAAGCUACAAAAAAUUGCAUUGCAUUUCCCUGAAGUUCCCUGUGCUGAUAAAUUCUAAGACCUGACACAGGUUUAUGUUCAGUAAUGUAUUAACUGUUUUCUUGGAGGACAAAUAGAAUGUGUGACUCAGAUCUAUGAAAACACUUACUUCCAAGGAGGAGACGUCACCACAGUUUUCACACCGAGUGCCAAUUACUGCCAGGUUUUCCUGCUACUUAAAAGACAGUGAUACAGAAAUGCUGCCAAAAGUGGAGAUGGAAGGAGCUAUCUCUGGACAUUCCUUAAAACAGUGUGACAUCCAAAUUAGUGCUUGCAGCCCAAAUGUCCACAUAGGACUGGAUAUGGAAGGAGAAAUUUAUGAUGUUACUAUGGCUGACAGCUAUCAACAGUGCCAGAAAAGAUGUACCAAUGACAACCAUUGCCAUUUUUUUACAUAUGCCUCAGAAACCUUUCACAAUGCAAGCUUUCGUAAAAAAUGCUUCUUGAAGCAUACCAAUGUAGGAACUCCAACUAGCAUAAACUUGCUUGAUGAGGUUGUGUCUGGAUUCUCUUUAAAGCCAUGCCAGCUUUCUGAAACAGAUUGUCAAACGGACAUUUUUGAAGGUCAAGAAUUUUCAGGAAUGAACAUUACAAGUUUUUUCACUCCUGAUAUCUCUGUCUGCCAAACUAUUUGUACGUAUUUUCCAAAGUGCUUGUUCUUCACAUUCUUUACCAAGGAGUGGCAAAUAGAAUCCCAAAGAAAUCUUUGCCUUCUGAAAACAUCAACAACUGGGAUACCAGAGGCACUUGUAUCACAAGAAAAUGCUGUAUCAGGCUUUGGUCUCCUAAAUUGCAGAAGAUCCUUUCCAGCCUGCAAUUCUCGCACUUACAUGCACAUGAAUUUUUUGGGAGAUGAACUCAAUGUCACUUACACUAAAGGACACAGAGCCUGUCAGCAGCUUUGCACAGACGUGAUCCGCUGCCAGUUUUUUACCUACUUUCCCCUCCAAGAUUCAUGCAAUGAGGAAAGAAAGUGUGAGUGCCACCUCAGAAUGUCCCCAAAUGGAUCUCCAGUGGAAAUAGCACAUGGGCCAGGAACGAUCUCUGGAUACUCACUAAGAUUAUGUAAAAAAAAAGCCAGUACUGUGUGUAUGCAGCAUUCUGCAAGAACUGUUAGGAUUGUUGGAGGGACAGACUCUUCUCCUGGUGAAUGGCCAUGGCAGGUCAGCUUGCAUGUGAAGUUGUCGCGUCAGAGACAUCUCUGCGGGGGCUCUAUCAUCAGCAACCACUGGAUUCUUACAGCUGCUCACUGCGUCAUGAGUCUUGAGAAUCCCAACAUUUGGCGUGUUUAUGCUGGUAUUUUAAAACAAACAGAAAUAAAUGAGGAUACACCCUUCUUCAAAGUGGAAGAGAUUAUUGUUCACCCUCAGUAUAAAUACGCACAGACUGGAUAUGACAUUGCUUUAAUGAAACUUGAUAAGCCUAUGAAUUUCACUGAUCUUCAACUACCCAUUUGCCUGCCACCAAAAGAAGAUACUAACAUACUUUAUGCUGACUGUUGGGUAACUGGAUGGGGUUACAGAAAGGAAAAAGGUCGUGUAGAAGAUAUUCUUCAGAAGGCUACUGUUCCUCUCAUGUCAAAAGAGGAAUGCCAGGCAAGGUACCUGAAGCGCAGAAUAGGUGACAAAGUGAUCUGUGCUGGUUAUGAUGAAGGUGGAAGGGAUGCUUGUAAGGGAGAUUCAGGAGGGCCGUUGUCAUGCAAGCAUGAGGAAUUGUGGUAUCUGGUGGGCAUCACCAGCUGGGGUGAAGGGUGCGCUCGCCCCAGGCAGCCGGGUGUCUACACAAAAGUUGCUGAGUAUUCAGACUGGAUUCUUGAAAAAACUACCUAGUUCCUACUACCUUCUGUCUCAAAGUGAUGUUGUGCAAUAAUAACCCUAGAAGCAAUGUAAUGAAGCAUAGUAGCAUUUUUUUAAAUGUGCUUCUCAUUGGCUUGGAAUGUAAAAGACUUCAUCAAAAAAGAAGAAAAGCAGGAAGGCGUGAACUUUGUCAUUACUAAAUAAAAAAACAGUAUAUAAAUAAACUCUGUGGCCACUGAUUUGGCAGAAAAAAAAAAAAAAAAGAAUAUGUCUGGACUACUGAUUUCUUCUGUCCUUGCUAGCAUAAAAUGGAAAGGGAUGAGACUGCAGGUCAUGUAUGGAGGUGGGAGCUGGGAACUGCUUCUGACUCCUGAGGUUUGGACACAGCAAUGGCAAUUUCCCUCCCUUGUCUGAAUGUGCUUGAAAGGGGCCAACCAGUUACAAACUUACUAAGGGGCUUGGUAAAGGAAAGCUGAGGCAGGGAGAAGCCUAUACAGUUGUAUAAACCUUAUUUACUUAGGGAAUUAGCCAAAAGAGUUGAACUAUUAGCCAGGAGAACAAAACCAGAGGCCUUGGAAAGCUCCUUGGUAACAAUUUUGCAAGUAUGGUAACAGUGCUCUUUCACUUACAUAAUUCUAACUUCUGUAGAAGGUUUUGUCUACUUCCCUUGAAGCAGACUAUCUAGAAAGUCAAUAAAAGAAUAAUCCCCUUUAGAGACAUCUUAUGUAAUUGAUCUUUAACACAAUAUAUUUUUAUUUUCCACAUCCCUAACUCUCCUUGAUUAAAGAAACAGCAUUCUCCUUUUCCUUUUUCUCCUUUUUUCUUUCUAUCUCUUCUUAUUUUGUGUCAGGUAGCAAAUGUGUUUCACGGCCAAAGUGAAUGCUAAUGUGAGAAACAGCAAAAAAUUAUUAAUUUCUCUUUUUACUUUCCCAUUCCUAUUUCUAUAGGCAGCAUUUCACAUUGAAUCAGAAAGAAAGGCACAGGACUUAAAACUGCCUUUGCUAAACAACUGUCUUUGCUGUCUUUUUCCUAAUCGUUCAUCAUCAUCCUAAUCAAAGCUCAAAAUAUGUUCUGGAGGGCCACUCAUAAUUGCCACACAUCCCCGCUGUGUAGGUUGAGGAGUUAAACAGCAGGAGUGGCUUUACAAUUAAACGAGGUCAUGAAAUUUAGAAAUUAAACAUUAAAAUUAUGGGAGAAAACAAUUAAACUGCUAAAAGUUACUUCCACAUUCAAUUUUUUUGUGCUUUAUUUGCAAAUAACAUUGAGGAAAAAACUCCACAAAUAUAAGCUUAUAAACAGUUAUAUCUGCUUCCAAAUAGCCCCUUGGGUCAGAUUACUUCUCUGAGCUUGCAGUGCUAAAUGGACUGCAGCCAACACACCUGAAAUUCCAAAGCUGUAUUUAAAAGCAAGCGGGGGAUGUUGGUUUUGUCUUUUUUUUAAAUAAUCACGAUUCAAAUCGGGGAUGAAAACAAUCAAAAUGUAACAGGAGGAGAGAGGGAAUGGCGCUGCUGCAGGCACAUCUUGGAAAAGAAGGGCACUUCCUUCCCUCCCCCCCUCAGUGGGCUCCAGGGGAUAGGGGUUGCGUUGCUGGUUGUGCAUAGCACUGAAGGUCUCCUGCUCUGAGGGACCCCCAUGCAGGCUGUAGGUGUUCAGGGAGCCACCAGGUGAAGCCUGGCAUUCGGCUGAGAGGAUUGGAUUAAGGAGGGGAGGGAAUGCACAUCACUGUGCUGGGAGUUUUUUGCCAACACUGCAGAAGCACAAUAGGAGAUAAAGGUGGGGUGAUGUCUUUUUCAUGCUCUGUUUAAUUCACAAUUGGUUUAAAACAUCAGCAAUCCUCAGACAUGCUGUCAAAAACCUAGAGACUUAAAUAAGGGACUGAGAAAGAGUAGGAAAAAGUAGAAAACAGCAAAAAAGGAAAGAUUCCUGGCAUUCAAAUGUGAGUCCUGUCCUCAUGGGGAAGGAAUGAAGACAGCUGGAAAAGAGCUACUGAAGAAACAAAGGAAUUGUUUCAGAAUGAAAACAGAGACUGAAACUCUCUAAAGAAGGAUCAUCAGGAGACCAUCCAAAGACUCAUCUGCUAAUAACCAAACUGUGUAUUUGCUAAAGAGCAUAUACAAUGUCAAACGGAUAACCUUUUAAUGCUUCCUCAUGAUAAUACCAUCAUCAGCUUGUUUGUUUUUUUUUCAAAUGCACACAAAAUAUAUAUGCUUUUAAUUUUGUUUGGGUUUUUUUUGUUUGUUUGUUUUUGUUUGUUUUAUUUUGUCUUGUCUUUUUUUCUGCUAUAGCUUUCCAGGUUGUGGCUGCUAUGGUAAUGAAGAAGAAUGGCAGCUCAGCAGUGCUCUGUAGACCUCUGGAGUUCCAUGUUUUGUUUCUUGAGCUAUACCUGCUGACAGCAAUAUGCCAAAGGAAACUUAGCUGUUCCCGUGGAGAGGAUAAGAGAUUUCAGUGACUGCAUACAUCUUUCAUGAGCAGCUGUUGACGAAAUAAAAUAUCUUACUCCAAUAUAUUUUCACCAAGAGCAGAUAUUCUUCAGUGAAGUUUUGCAUUAGUUGUGCAUCCAUAGCAAAUCCCUGAUAGCUAAAAGUGUGUAACAGGAAUAGACACUAUGUGGAGAAUUUAGGAGUCUCUAGUCACUAUACAAAGUCUUUAUGACUUCAUUUAAGAACUAGGUAUGGGAGCAUCUGACUUUUCUGUGGACUUAUACACCAGCAUAAUAUGUAAUUCAUUGAGACCUUAAGACUCACAGAUGGAAACACAUUUGUGUUACUGUUAUAUUGCUUAGGCUUUCUGGUGUCAAUAGGUAACUUGCACUAAAUGAGAGGCAGUUUAGGAGCUUUAUUUAUUUUUCCCUUCUCUUCUGCCUCCCUGGGGAAAAAUAAUUUUUAAAACCUAACAACCACAAAGCCUACCUCAAUCUCAUUAAAGAAAAGCCUGGCCUUAUACUUUAACUCUGCCUCCAUUUAUGUUGGUACAGAACAUAAAGUUCAAUGCUGUAGUUGUUGUUUUGAUUAAUGACGUGUCUCUGGUGAUGUCUUACAUUCAGUUCUUUAGUUACACUGAAAAUCAAUAAAGCUCGUAAACUUGCUUACACUAGAUAUGCAGAAAUGUCAUGAGGAUCAAGCACCACUGUUGAUGUAUUGACUGGCAGCAUGGCUCCAUCCUAAGUUUUUGUGCAGAUAGGGUCCCUGAUCACAGAAGUUUGCAGUCUUGUUCAGCCACAAGUGAAACCCUUUAUAUGUGCAAUGAUAGCCUGGAGAGCAACUAGCUCGUCAUGAAGUAAGGCACACUGUGGUGCUGCUCAAGGGGACUCUUUAACUUGUAAUAGCCUUCUCUGUUGUCAUUUUAGUAGAACUGUAAGCCAAACAAACCAAACUUCCCAUUAAACUGAUGAGGCACUGCGUUUCCU